GCUUGGGUGAAAGGGGAAAGUUCAGAGGUCACAAUGUUGUUGUCUUUGUGUAAAGGAGUGGAGCUCGAUCUCGCAUCAUCACUCUUCCCUCUUCCCCGAGUCCUUUCUAAACUCUUCCCCCGGGUUUCUACCCUCCCGAACCUCUCCCCUUCUACCCUCACAACCCCAACCCUUCCCCCGGUCACCCUCCAGCGGACGAACCGGAUCUCUGUGACCAAAUACUAGAAGUUCUACACAAAACCUCUACAGCCGCCAGAUAUAACUAUGGACUCCGGUGUGAUUGAAGGAGGGCUCAAUGUCACCCUUACCAUUAGACUGCUCAUGCAUGGCAAGGAAGUCGGCAGCAUCAUUGGAAAGAAAGGUGAAUCUGUAAAGAAGAUGAGAGAAGAGAGUGGUGCACGCAUCAACAUCUCUGAAGGCAACUGUCCCGAGAGGAUUAUUACUUUGGCUGGGCCAACCACGGCCAUCUUUAGAGCGUUCUCCAUGAUCAUUGAUAAACUGGAAGAGGACAUCAGCAGCUCGAUGACAAACAGCACGGCUGCUGGCAAACCCCCGGUGACCCUGCGCAUUGUGGUGCCCGCUAGCCAGUGUGGCUCCCUCAUUGGCAAAGGUGGCUGCAAGAUUAAGGAAAUCCGAGAGUCAACCGGUGCUCAGGUUCAAGUGGCAGGAGACAUGCUCCCAAACUCCACGGAGCGCGCCAUCACUAUAGCUGGCACACCCCAGUCUAUAAUCGAGUGUGUGAAGCAGAUCUGUGUGGUCAUGCUUGAGUCUCCCCCUAAAGGUGUCACGAUUCCAUACCGACCCAAACCUUCAGGAUCCCCUGUCAUCUUUGCAGGUGGACAGGCGUACACCGUACAAGGACAGCACGCCAUUCCACAGCCAGAUCUCACCAAGCUUCACCAGCUGGCUAUGCAGCAGAGCCCCUUCCCCAUUGCACACGGCAACCAGGGAUUCACCGGUAUGCACCACAGGAUGCAACUGCUUUUAUCUUGCGUGGUGAAACGGUGGUUCAUGUGCUGUUCUCUCGCUGUUUUAGGGAUUGAUGCUUCCGCUCAAACCGGUUCUCACGAGAUGACCAUUCCAAAUGAUCUCAUCGGCUGCAUCAUUGGCCGCCAGGGGGCCAAGAUCAACGAGAUCAGACAAAUGUCUGGUGCCCAGAUCAAGAUUGCAAAUCCGGUGGAUGGAUCAACUGACCGGCAGGUGACCAUCACAGGUUCGCCUGCCAGCAUCAGUUUGGCCGAGUACCUCAUCAAUGCCAGUGUAGAGUCCUCUAAACCUCCUCCUCCCUCCUCCUCCUCCUCCUUGAACCCCGAACAGAGCAGCCCGUGCCCUUCCUCCACCUCUACUGCUACUACUACUACCGCUACUACUACUACUACUACUACCACCUCCUCUGCUUCCUCCUCCUCCUGUGUGGUGCCCCCCUCAGCCUCCAUUCCUCUGUCCUUGUUGGCUCCUGGUCCGCCUCCUCCUUCCUCCUCCUCCUCUUCUUCCUCUUCCUCCACCGACCCCCUGCCCCCCAGCUCUCCUGCCUGUGUGUCCAGUCUUCUCAGUCUCAAGCCCAUCCCACUUCUGGCCCUCCAUGUUGUCAGCGGGCCCACCAACCCCGCCGCCCCCGAGCCCAAAAUCGCCCCCGAGCUGAGCUCCAAGUCCAAACGGCGAAGGCUGUCCCCUUACUAAUGUGUCCGCACUGACUUGUUGUCUGCACCUGCUUUGCCACGCGUACUAAACACACACACACAUGAGCGGCCAUGUUUACUCCGCUAUUGCCUGUCAAGUGUCAUGUAUGAUAAUGAUUAUUAUUCUAUCAAUAUUUGGAAUGACGUUGCAUGAUCUCCAGUCUUUUUCCUCUUUGUGCAUAAGCCCUGCUCAGGUAGCACAUCUAUCUCUCAGAUGUCAUGCUGGUUCUUACGAUUAUGUUUAGCCGUCGCCAUGGCAACAGUGCUUUUCUUCUUGUGCACAAUGCGAGUGACGUGUGCUCAGGUAUUCCCGGCAGUAAAGCGUCGACUUCUAGCCACUUUCUAGGUAUCAUUUGCUUCCUCGCCAGGAGCCGGGUCUUUCUGCUGACGUUCUCUGUAAAUGUUUCCAAGGUUAGGCCGUUACUGUCAGCCAUAAACAUCUUUUUUACCCCCAUCAAUCUCAAUCCAGCCACUCGGAGGAGAGAAAAAGCAUUGUUUUAUUGUUCAACAGUAACUUUUCUAGCAGUCGUGUGUAAUUGAUGUAGUCAGGCACUCUCCCAUUGACAAGUGGACCACUUUGUAGCAACGUGUAAACUCCGUGAAAUCCCAACCAAACAUGGUGGACAUGCUUUGCAGGGAAUGGAAAAGUGCUAUGUUUAUUUGUCAUUUCAAAGCAGGCUCGUACUGUUAUGUAGUCUUCAUUCGGGUUUUCUAGUGUUCCUCUGUCCCCCACUUCGGGCCAUGUCCACACAUACAUACAUACAUAAAUAUGUACAUACAUAGAUACAUAGAUACAUACAUACAUACAUACAUACAUACAUACAUACAUACAUACAUACAUACAUACAUACAUACACAGGUGGCAUCACAAUGUCAGCCUUCGUGGCUGUUUCAGGAUUCUGACCCUCCUUUUUUAACCCCCCCCCCGUGUGUGGACAUACAGCAGUAUCAUUUUCUCCUCAUAUAUAUAUAUAUAUAUACUACUUUAUUUCCUAAAUAUAAUUGGAGAAGGCUUUUCUCAAAUGUAUUUAUUACGUUUUUUUUUAUUCAUGGAAAAUCACCACUUUACCCCAUCAAAAAUAUACAUUUUAAAAAAUGGUCCUUAUCAAAAAUAGUUUUCCCCCAAAUUUUUAUAUUGAGUUUUUCCUUCAAAUCUAAAAAUUUGAAAUAACUAAAAUAAAAUUUUAAAAAAUAUGUAUGUAUUCACAUAAUUCCCCCCACUUUUCAUCUCAACUUUUUUAUUGUUGUAAAAUGCUAAAUUGUUUUCUGUUUUUUCCCAGGAAAAAAUGCAGACACCCCCCCCCCCCAAUAUGUUUUUUUAUCUAUUGUUUUUAGACAUAGUUAUGCUUGUAAAAUUGCCACUUUUCUCUUAGAAAUGUAACAACUCCUUUCCUUUUAGUUUAUUUAUUUUUUGCUGAAAUUGUCUUUUUUAUAAAGUAUACAAGAUUUCUCUUAAAACGCCCAAACCUUUAUCUUCUUGAAAUAGUUUUGAGUGUAGUAAAAGAUAAAAGUAAAAAAAAAAGUGUGGAAGUUAAAAGUUUGCACUGUCAUUAGUCAUCUUGGCCACUAGGCGGCAUAAAUGUGCCACUCAUCCAGUUGAUGUUGACGCUGGGAAACCAUGCACAAAUGAGCUAAAGAGUAUUUUGGAACAGGUUUAGGUGGAAACAUGUGAUAAAACAUUGACGUGUACUGAUGUCGUGUGCAUGGCUCAUACUCUUUCCCGCCUUUUUUGUGUGUGUGUUUCUCUCUUUGUGUGCGUGUGUGUGUUCAUGUUCUCCCGC